CCAUUCAACGUAGGCUUGCUUCACCUUCCAUUGACUAAUUAAGCGACUGCCUGCUUCUUCAAAUCUUUUUUCCUUUUUUUGGUUAUUUCGUGCCCUUUUUAAUUCCAAAGCCUUCAAUGGAAUGGACUUUGGGUUAUUUUCUUCUGCUAUUGUAUUUAUUAUUUGGCCCUUUAAGUGGGUUAUCGUUUUCGUCAAGAAUUAAUAUUCUUCUUCUCCUUCCAUAUGAUUUGACCAUUUCUUCCUCUCAUCCGAUCCUCCGUCAUGGGAAUUUGCUGGCCUAAACCUGCAAAGUGCGCUCAUGCUUCUUCCACUAACUUUUCAGGUAGUGCAAAGACUCAUAGUAAGACAAAGCAGGAAUCAACUUCUGCCACUGCUAAAUCACCUCCAGAAGGCUCGAACAAAGCAUUCAUAGUAUCAAAACCUCAUAAACCUGUUUCAGGCAAUCUCAAAGCUGAUACAUCUGUUUCUAACAAUCUCAAGUCUUUUAGCUUUAGUGAUCUUAAAAAUGCCACCAAGAACUUCCGGCAAGACACUCUUCUUGGAGAGGGAGGUUUUGGAUGUGUCUUUAAAGGUUGGAUUGAUGAGAACACUUUUGCUCCUACCAAGCCAGGAACUGGAAUUGUUGUAGCUAUCAAAAGACUCAAGGCAGAAAGCUUUCAAGGCCACAAGGAAUGGCUUGCGGAAGUUAACUAUUUGGGUCAGCUUCACCAUGAAAAUCUUGUGAAACUUAUUGGUUAUUGUGUAGAGUCUGAGAAUAGACUUUUGGUCUAUGAGUUUAUGCCAAAGGGAAGUUUGGAGAAUCAUUUAUUUAAGAAAGGUGUUCAACCAAUUUCCUGGGCUACACGGAUGCAUAUUGCAAUGGGUGUUGCACGGGGAUUGUCCUUUUUACAUUGUUUAAAUGCUAACGUAAUCUACCGUGAUUUGAAGGCUUCCAACAUUCUUCUUGAUUCGGAUUACAAUGCAAAGCUUUCAGAUUUUGGCUUGGCAAGAGAUGGUCCAACUGGUGAUAACACCCAUGUUUCAACCAGAGUUGUAGGAACUCGAGGUUAUGCAGCCCCUGAAUAUGUAGCAACAGGUCAUUUGACCCCUAAGAGCGACGUGUACAGCUUUGGUGUUGUACUAUUAGAGUUACUCUCGGGAAAGCGGGCAAUGGAUGAUGAGAGAGCUGGGUUUUCGGAAGAAACACUCGUGGACUGGGCAAAACCAUUCCUAAGUGACAACAGAAAAGUACUAAGGAUAAUGGACACAAGGUUGGGGGGGCAGUACUCUAAGAAAGGAGCACAAGCUGCCGCUGCUCUUGCAUUGCAAUGCCUACAUACGGAUCCCAAGAACAGGCCAUGCAUGGUUGAUGUUCUAGCCUCGAUAGAACGUCUCCAUGCAACAAGGGAUACACCAAGGACACCCCAACAGUCACAAGCGAAGCUGGAUCAUCAUGGGAUCAAGCAUGUGAAUAGCCCUCACAAGGCAAGAGCUCCAACUACAAAUUCAUAUUGAAGCGAGGCAAAUUCACUAAUGGUGAGCAGGAAUUCUCGAACUAUCACUCGGGGCUUGUACACAAGAUGGAAAGAGUGGAAGAGAUAUGUUAUACUUGAGUUUGUUAGAGUGUUCAUGAACAUGUGAAAAAUUAUUGCAACAACAAAGUCUUUAAUCCCAAUGUACAUUAACCAUCAGUUUUCUUCUAUCAAUCUUGAGAAAAAGUUUUGGUCACUAUGAAUGCUUGCCCCGAAGUAUCGUUUUACAGCUUGUGCUAUGUUAAGCCGCUGCACGUUCAAGUAUUUUUAUUAUUUAGCCAUUAAAAUUUUGAAUAAAAUCGUAUAAUUUUCUGGAGAAAACUUUGACUAAGUAACUUGCUAACAUGUUUACAAAGAACCAAAACCGGAGCCUCGUCCCUGCAAAUUUCCAUUCAGUCCAGGCCGCUUCAAGACGUUACCGGCUGAUUGUUUACGAUGCGUACGAAUAUUUUUUCUAUUUGUCGUUUUUCCAAGCCCCCUGCGUCGUUUUAAAUGGUGGUGGUAUUACCGCAAGCGAGUGCAGCUUGGGACAGAAAGCGUCACCUCAUGCAUCCGGGCCUGGAAUAAUCCAAAAGGCAGAAACCCAAAAAAGGUCAAAGGACAAAACACGAGGAAAAAGGUAACAAAUCGCCAAUUAUUUUACGUAUCUUUAAACGGACGGCCAUGAUGGAUGAACAUAUCAUAUCAGUGAUGGAAACUAAUGAAGUGGAGCCAACAAGUAGACAAGUCCUAUCGUAUUCUAGAAAGUAAUAUAGUAUUCUAGAAAUUAGAAAGUAAUAAAAAAUUAAAAUUUAUUAAGUAAAUAAUUAA